UCUCUCUUUCUCUCUCUCCUUCCCCCUCCACUGCACAGCUGUACUACAGCAGACACACAUAUUCUCUCCGUUUCUCUAUUAACAUUGUGCUUCCUCAGUUUUCCACUCAAUGUUUUUGUCGCUCCAAUUUUUAUGCGCUGAAGGCUAUACUCAUCAUCCUUCUACAGAUUAUUCUUCUCAUUCACCCUCUUCAUUCUACAUCUCCAUACUCCAUCCUUUUUAAUUAUUUUUUCUCUCUUUCCAUUUGUGCUCGUCCUUUCCCAUCCCUUCAUCUCUUCCCUCCUUCUUGUCUUCAUCCUGGUCUCAUCUCCACUUCACUGCCUGUCAUUUUUUCUUCUGCUCUUUCUCCAAUGGAGGCUGAGGCACUUUACAGUUUCAGAGCGAGUGAAUGUGAUGAGCUCAGUUUCCAGAAGGGUGACAUCCUGAAGGUGACAAACAUGGACGACGAUCCAAACUGGUACACAGCUGAGCUGUUGGGUAGGCGGGGCUAUGUACCGAAGAACUAUAUCAAUGUAAGACCUCACGCGUGGUUUGUGGGUGGAAUAUCACGGCAGGCUGCAGAGAACCGUCUGAGACCGCUGGAGUGUGGAGCGUUUCUCAUUAGGGAGAGUGAGAGCACACCGGGAGAGUUCUCUGUGUCUGUCAGUUACGGGGACCAUGUGCAGCACUUUAGGGUUUUGAAAGAUGGAUUAGGGCAGUACUUCAUAUGGGAUGAAGUCUUCAGCUCCCUUAACCAGCUGGUGGACUUCUACAAAAUCAACAGCAUUGCCAAAGAGAGGACUGUCUUCCUGCAAGAGCCUGAGGGAUCAUUAGCUAGGCCACGUCAUGCCCAUGCCCUCUUUGACUUCACAUCUCAUCAUGCGACUCAUCUCCGUUUCUUGCGCGGUGAUGUCAUUGACCUGCUGGACUGUUCGGAUGCCCAGUGCUGGAGGGGGCGGUGCCGUGGAAGAGUGGGCGUGUUCCCACCAGAGUAUGUGCAGCCAAUUUACCACUGAACUUCAGAUAUGCGUGUCAAUGUCCUGAACAGCUAAAUUCACCUGAAUAAGAGCCUGAGACUUAUUCAUCAAUUACACAUUCUCUCUAUGAAUCCAAAGGUGAACUAAACCUUAUGCAUCAAUGUUUGGUGAAUCAGGCGAUUAAGGUUUGAAUGAAAACUUAUGUGUCAUGGUCAGCAUUUGCCCAUCAAUCUCUUUGUUAAUCAUUUUCAGCAAAACAGGCAGCAAUUCUUAACUUGUCAACAAACCAGUUUUGUAACACCCUUAAGGAUCAUAACAGUUGACUAUUGAGUGACAUUUACUCCCUGAUCAGCCAUUAUAUGAGCUUCCUGUCUAUUCUUCUUUCAAAUGCUUUCAAGUCCUUUCAAAUGGAGGUAAUUGGAGUAUUGAUAUGGUAUAUAUAUUUUUUGCACUUAAUUAAUGUUUUAAAUUGACAUACUUACAAAAAAGCACAUUGUCUUUGUCAUUUUUUUCACACCUACUAUAUAUUGCCUCAUUUAAAGUGAACAUUCAUAAUAAAGUUCUACAUAUUUGGAAAAUCUGAUAA